AUGGAUUUUAGUACCUCAUCGGUGUUUGAUCAGCACAAAGGUGAUUCGGCAGAAGAAAUUGACCUGACUGUGGUUUACCAAGCAGCUGCUAAUGGCGACGUCAACACGCUGACUGCAGUGAUUCGUGAAGAUCCUUCAAUAUUAGAAUGCUGCGACAGCGAGGGUUGUACCCCCUUGAUGCAUGCUGUUUCGGGACGCCAAGUCGAUACAGUGAAAUUGCUGUUGAAGAUGGGAGCAAAUAUUAAUACUCAAGAUGCCUGUGGACGCACCAGUUUAUCUCUUGCAACAUAUAUGGGGUGGCUUGAAGGCUGUGUCAGUCUGCUCCGAAAUGGUGCCAAGCAGAACAUACCUGAUAAAAAUGGGAGACUGCCACUGCAUGCUGCUACUGCAGAGCCUAAUGUGAGGCUUCUAACAGUGCUGCUGCAGCAAUCGCAUCUAAGUGACAUUAAUCAUCGGGACAAUGAGGGAAUGACUGCACUUCACUGGGCUGCUUUCCACAAUCGGCCCCAGCAUGUGCAAACCCUGCUGCAGAAAGGAGCAGAUCCAACUCUGGUGGACAAAGACUUUAAAACAGCUCUUCACUGGGCAGUACAGAGUGGAAACAGGAUUCUGUGUUCCAUCAUUCUGAACCAUCACCAGGGUUCAUCGAUAAUAAACUAUGACGAUGAGAAUGGGAAGACAUGUAUGCACAUUGCUGCUGCUGCAGGUUACAGUGACAUUAUCAGCGAGCUGGCUAGAGUCCCGGAGUGCAAUCUGCAGGCCCUUGAUGUGGAUGACAGGACGCCUCUGCACUGGGCUGCAGCAGCAGGGAAAGCUGACUGUGUACAGACGCUGCUGCAGCUGGGGAUAGAUAGCAGCUCUCGGGACAUCAAUGAAAACACUCCUCUGACAUAUGCAAUGUACUGUGGGCACACAGCAUGCAUCAAGCUGCUCUCUCAGGAGAACAGUAGAUCGGAGCCAGUCCAUCACCCUCCUUCACAGAACAAUAAAAUCCUAAAGAAGGAAGCAAGAUUCAGUAUGCUUAACCAAAUCUUCUCCUGCAAAAAGAAGAAAGAUGAUCAGAAAACAAACCAGAAAGAUAGAGGCAGAGACAGAUAUCAAAGGGAAGAGACCUCGGAAGUUGAUGACAUUAUCACUACGUUUGAUUGCAUUAUGGACACAAACUGUAAAGACAACUCCGAGGAAUGUAUGACCACUGUUGACUUUAAAAGAAGGAGCACAGACACCCAGAAGUAUCUCAUAUCAGAAAAGAAGCAGCCAGAGUGUAAUGGACUUCCUCCAAUAAGAACACAAAGUCUCCCCCCCAUUACUAUAGGCAAUUCUUUUCUAACAACUUCCCAGAGUGCAACUUCAAGUGUCUCCUUGGGUACUAAUGCCUACCAUUUUGCACACAGAUCUCAGAAAAGUAGAAGUGAACAUGACUUGUUAGAUCACAGAAGUAGCUGCCAGACUUUAUCAGACAAUCCUUGGAACACAGAUGCUAACCAAAUACUCUCGUAUAAAGUCUGUACUGCAACUUCUUCAGAUAAACUGAUAGAUGGUUUGCUCUCUGAAAGAUCCAGCCAUGUGCUUUUGUGCCCUCCCCACCUUCCCUAUCUGCCUAGUUCUCCAUCAGGGAAAAGUUUUCAACAGAUGUCCCUAGACCGACCCAAAGUAAAAGACCUUACUCCUGUACGGAACAAUCUAGCUCCCAUACCAGACCACUGUGUUCAGAAAAUCCAGCUACCACCUACUGAAGUUUCUCAGGGUGUCAAGAAGUCAAAGUCUCUGUCUUUAAACUCCUUAAGGACUGGCACAUCUAUACUCCCACCAGCACUUACCUCCAAAUCCCAGAGAGGAGGACUUUCUCAAAGUCAUUCACUGCAUUCCUUCUUACCUGUUCUAUCAGGGGACUCUCUCAGAACAAGCCGUGUCCUGCCUGCUAUCCCGAGCCAGAAGGGGUCCACUCUCACAGUGGAAUACUUUAAGAAAUCUUCCAGCAAAUCAGACAGUGAAAAUUAG